UGAGGGAGGGGCCGCAGACGCUCGGAGAGCUCUCACUGAACACCGCGCUGUCAGAAGGGGCGAGCAUUUCUUGAAGCUCCCGUUCAGUCAAAAGGCCGCUGCAGCAUCCGCAAAAGAGGAGAAUACCGCUUGUGUGAAAUCUAGGUUUUUGACGGUGGAAUCCGACCAACAAUGUCUUACCAAGGGAAGAAGAACAUCCCAAAGAUCACAAGCGACAGGCUUCUGAUCAAAGGCGGCAGGAUUGUGAACGACGACCAGUCUUUCCACGCUGAUAUCUACAUGGAAGAUGGCCUCAUUAAGCAGAUUGGAGACAACCUCAUCGUUCCUGGUGGCGUUAAAACCAUCGAGGCGAAUGGGAAAAUGGUGAUCCCAGGUGGCAUUGACAUCCACACGCACUUCCAGAUGCCGUACCGCGGAACCACAACUGUGGAUGACUUCGCUCAGGGAUCAAAGGCCGCCCUUGCUGGCGGAACGACCAUGAUCGUGGACCAUGUGAUACCAGAGCCCGGCACCAGCCUGAUGGAGGCUUAUGACCAGUGGAGGCAGUGGGCCGACGAGAAAACCUGCUGCGAUUACUCUCUCCAUGUAGACAUAACACAUUGGGAUGACAGCGUGAAGCAGGAAGUGGACAACCUCAUCAAGGACAAAGGAGUGAACUCAUUCCAGGUCUACAUGGCCUAUAAAGACUACUACCAGCUGAGCAACAGCCAGCUCUACGAGGUUUUCACCUUCCUGGCAGAGAGGGGGGGCAUCGUUCAGGUCCAUGCCGAAAACGGAGAGAUCAUUGCAGAGGAGCAAGCCCGGAUGCUCCAGAUGGGUAUCACAGGACCAGAGGGACAUGUGCUGAGCAGGCCAGAGGAGCUGGAGGCCGAGGCCGUGUUUCGGGCCGUCACCAUCGCCAGUCAGACCAACUGUCCUCUUUACGUGACCCGCGUCAUGAGCAAGAGCGCCGCUGACAUCAUCUCACAGGCACGGAAAAAAGGAAACGUUGUGUUUGGGGAGCCAAUCACAGCCAGUUUGGGGACUGAUGGAACACAUUACUGGAGCAAGAACUGGGCCAAAGCAGCAUCCUUCGUGACAUCCCCUCCUCUCAGCCCGGACCCCACCACUCCUGACUAUCUGAACACAAUGCUGGCCAGCGGAGACCUGAGCGUGACUGGCAGCGCUCACUGCACCUUCAGCGUGGCACAGAAGGCCAUCGGCAAAGACGACUUCACUCAGAUCCCAGAAGGUGUGAACGGCGUGGAGGAAAGAAUGGCUCUCAUCUGGGAUAAAGCUGUGACCACAGGUAAAAUGGACGAAAACAUGUUUGUGGCCAUCACCAGCACCAAUGCCGCCAAGAUCCUGAAUCUGUACCCUCGCAAGGGUCGGAUUGCUGUGGGCUCCGAUGCCGACCUGAUCAUCUGGGACACAGACUCAGUUCGUACAAUCACUGCCAAGACUCACAAUUCGGCUGCCGAAUACAACAUCUUUGAGGGCAUGGAGCUGCGUGGAGCUCCACUGGUGGUGAUCUGCCAGGGAAAGAUUGUUCUGGAAGACGGAAAACUUCAAGUCACCUCUGGAGUGGGACGUUUCAUUCCCUGCUCUCCAUUCCCAGACUUUGCCUAUAAGCGAGUCAAAGCCAGGAAGCAGCUGGCCGUUCUGAGGGCAGUGCCCAGAGGAAUGUACGACGGCCCGGUGUCUGAAUUCUCCAUGUCCCGUGGGGGUACUCCCUCUGCCUCGGCACGCACCUCUCCCACCAAACAGCCUGUCAGAAACCUGCACCACCAGUCUGGAUUUUCUCUAGCAGGUAACCCUGCAGCUUGUGGACCCCCCACCCCUGAUGAAGUUCCCAUCAGGCCUGCUGGACGCCGUAUUGUAGUGCCCCCCGGUGGCCGCUCAAACAUCACAUCUCUCAGCUAAACUGUUGGAAGACGAAGGAAUAAAGGAAGAUGAAGAUUGAGAAGGUGGAAGAGAUGCAGGAAAACACGUUUAGACUAAAGAUUAAAAAAAAAAAAUAAAAUAAAAUAAAAAAAGCAAAACACUGAAUCCUCAUGCCUUACCUGUCACAAAUGCUACUAUGCUCGGAUGAGAACUGAUUCCAUUUACCUGCAGAGGAGUGGAGGGGUCAAGAUUUACCACCAAAGUCUUACUCUAGCCUUAUUUCUUCUCUACACUGAGAACAAUAGAAAAUCAUUCACAGUAAAACCCACUUCCUACACAUUUUGAAAACCUCAUUCUCAAAAGGAAAAUGGAUUCAAACAUUCUCAGAGUGAAGCUUUUGGUCUUUAAUUCUGUUUGGCUUUUAAUGUGACCCCCCCUUUUGUCAUGAACCUAAUUUCUCCAUUGUCAGCGAAACUUAAAACUAGACCCUCAUUAGUCAUGUAUGAUCAUGCAGUACCUUUAGCUAGCUCUAGGUGGCAUUGUAUAUAUGAUAGAUGUAAAGUAGCUUUGUGAUUGAUGUGGUUGCAGCAUGUUUGGGUUUACCAGACCAAGUAAAAGAUGUUUGUCGGAUCAUAAGGGGAGGGGGGAGGAUAGAAGUCGGACAUGGACCUGCAUGGGCCACAUGAACAUGGGUGACGUGAUCCAUGAUCCAUUUACAUCCAUCCCACGCCUCCAGGGUCUUUGACUGAUACCAUUCUCAUGUUAUACAAUAUCGAUCAUUGGUUUUAAAUGAAAAAAAUAAAACACUUGUGCUUAAAAAAAGUCAGAAAACGUAUUUUCUGAAAAUGUGUGUGUUUUAGUUUUUAAAAAUCCACUGUUGCGAUGCAAAAGGAUCAUUGCAGCUUCCCAUCAUUUGAUCGUACUUCUAUCAUACCAGCAAUACUGAAGUAAUCAGACAGAAAAGUGAAAGAAAAUGAAAGCCAGAUAACAGGAGAACUUUGCAGCUUCCCAUUUAGCUGGGCGGUCAUUUCCUAAAGACAAGAGACCCAUAACUUCAACGUUAGACUCAGCCAAAUACUCUGUCGGGAGAGGGGGGGCAUUGCAGCUUUAGUUUCUUUUCUUUGUUUUUGUUAUCUCUGCUGUGUCCUGAUAAGGCUGAGGAUUAUAGUGAAGGGAAGCUUUUGUUUGGUUACACACCCCAAAAACUGGCUGUUUUUGUUUGUCAGACUGACCAGGUACAAGCGGCGGUGUGAUGUAUUUAUGUUUGUUUGACAACCUUUAUUACUGUUUUUAUGUUUCUUUUUUUUUUACUGUUGUAUCAAAAACCCACAGAUGGCAGGUGAGAAAUAAAAAGAUAAAAAUAAAACAAACAGGUGUUGAAGAAAGAUUUGUUUCCUGAAUAAACACGAGUUGCAACUGA